AUGCUGGACCUGGUGGUGCUGGAGCAGCUGCUGGCCCUGCUGCCCGCGGAGAUGGCGAGCUGGCUGAGGGAGUGCGGAGCCGAGAGCUGUUCGCAGGCGGUGGCCCUGGCCGAAGGCUUCCUCCUCAGCCAAGCCCAGCGGGAAGAGCCGGGAAAGGGGCAGAGUUCUAAUCCCUUUGAGAAGGUGACUGUGGACUUCACAGAUGAGGAGUGGAGGCUGCUAGAUUCUGGGCAGAAGGCCUUCUGCAGAGAAGUCAUGCAGGAGGUUUCUAUCAAUAUGGCUGCUCUGGAUGAUGUGUCUGUGAAUGAGAACGAUAAGGAGGCAAGGUUAAAUCUACUCGAAAUAGAGAAGAACGAAGUAAAAAGUUUCAUUAGAAACAGUAAUCGUAUUUGUCACCAAAAGAUCCACUCCUAUAAAUGCAUGGAAUGUGGAAAGAGUUUCAGUAGGAAAAGUAAACUUAUUUGCCACCAAAGGGUCCACACUGGGAAGCGACCAUAUAAAUGCAUGGAAUGUGGAAAGAGCUUUAUUCAGAAAGGACAUCUUAAUCGUCACAAAAGGAUCCACACUGGGGACAGACCGUAUAAAUGCAUGGAAUGUGGAAAGAGCUUUACCCAGAAAGGAGAUCUUCAUCGUCACAAAAACAUCCACACUGGGGACAGACCAUAUAAAUGCAUGGAAUGUGGAAAGACCUUUACCUGGAAAGCAAGUCUUAAUCGUCACAAAAGGAUCCACACUGGGGACAGUCCGUAUAAAUGCAUGGAAUGUGGCAAGAGCUUUACCCGGAAAGCAUACCUUAAUAGUCACAAAAGGAUCCACACUGGGGACAGACCAUAUAAAUGCAUGGAAAAUGGAAUGACCUUUAUCUGGAAAGGACAACUUAAGAGUCACAAAAGGAUCCACACUGGGGACAGACCGUAUAAAUGCAUGGAAUGUGGAAAGAGUUUCAUUAUAAACAGUAAUCGGAUUUGUCACCAAAAGACCCACACUGGGAAGCGACCGUAUAAAUGCAUGGAAUGUGGAAGGACCUUUAACCCGAAAGGACAUCUUAAUCAUCACAAAAGGAUCCACACUGGGGACAGACCGUAUAAAUGCAUCGAAUGUGGAAAGAGCUUUAUUCAGAAAAGUAAUUUUAAUCGCCAUCAAAAAAUCCACACUGGGGAGAGACCAUAUAAAUGCAUGGAAUGUGGAAAGACCUUUAUCCAGAAAGGACAUGUUAGUCUUCAUCAACGGAUUCAUACUGGGGAGAGACCGUAUAAAUGCACGAAAUGUGGAAAGAGUUUCAUUAGCAACAAUAAUCUUAAUCGCCAUCAAAAGAUUCACAUUGGGGAGCGAUCAUAUAAAUGCAUGGAAUGUGGAAAGACCUUUAUCCAGAAAGGACAUCUUAAUCUUCAUAAAAGGAUCCAUACUGGGGAGAGACUAUAUAAAUGCACAGAAUGUGGAAAAUGUUUCAUUAGCAACAAUAAACUUAAUAGCCACCAAAAGAUUCAUACCACAAAGAGACCACAUAAAUGCAUGAAAUGUGGAAUGACCUUUACAUGGAAAGAACAUCUUAAUCUCCACCGAAAGAACCACACAGGGGAGAGACCAUAUAAAUGUAUGGAAUGUGGAAAGACCUUUAUCCAGAAAGGACAUCUUAAUCUUCAUCAAAGGAUACAUACUGGGGAGAGACCAUGUAAAUGCAUGGAAUGUGGAAUGACCUUUAUCCAGGAAGGACAUCUUAAUCUUCAUCAAAGAAUCCAUACUCAGGAGAGACCAUAUAAAUGCAUGGAAUGUGGAAAGAGCUUUAUCCAGAAUGGAGAUCUUAAUCGUCACAAAUGGAUCCACACUCUGGACAGACCGUUUAAAUGCACGGAAUGUGGAAAGAGUUUCAUUAGCAACAGUAAUCUUAUUUGCCACCAACGGAACCACACCGGGGAGCGACCAUAUAAAUGUAUGGAAUGUGGAAAGACCUUUACCCGGAAAGGAUAUCUUAAUCUUCAUGAAAGGAUCCACACUGGGGAGAAACCGUAUAAAUGCAUGGAAUGUGGAAAGAGCUUUACUCAGAAAGAAAAACUUAAUUGUCACGAAAGGAUCCACACAGGAGAGAGACCUUAUAAAUGCAUGGUGUGUGGAAAGAGCUUCAUUAGCAACAAUAAACUUAAUCGCCACCAAAAGAUUCACAUUGGGGAGCAAUCAUAUAAAUGCAUGGAAUGUGGAAGGACCUUCACCCGAAAAGGAUAUCUUAAUCUUCAUGAAAGGACGCACACUGGAGAGAGAGCAUAAAUUCAUGGAAUGUGGA